UAAUCAAUUUUAGCGAGAAACGUUCUCAUUUUAACAAGAUAAUGCUCAUGUAUACAUUUUCCAGCUUUCACAGUUAAACGAUUCCAUACAUUAAACAUUGUCAGAAAAAAAAAGGACAGUCCGUUCAUUUAAAAGAUCGCACACUGGAUCGGCUCAGUCAACAAGAGUCCCUCCUGAGAGCCACGCCCACCAGCUGACGCUGAACAACAACACAAUGCACACCCCUCUCUGAGAUGCUCCGUGGCUGCUUCCACGCAAACUGCCACUCUGUCAGCCUGUUGGAGCCGGACCUCGGACAUCAUGGAGGUUUUCAUGUCUUUUUAAAGUCACUUCCCUCUGAAGCAGUUGUGAUGCGAGUUUAGCCCUGAACACGCCAUCUGUCCGUCCAUCCAUCAGCCGAACCAUGGCUCCGUCCCUCCUCCGAGCCUGCCGCAGUCUGGCUCUGUGGACCUGGCUGCUGUCCUUCUGCUUCGUCCAGCUGCUCUGCCUGGACUUCACGGCCGCAGAGAAGGAGGAGUGGUACACGGCCUUCGUCAACAUCACCUACCUGGACCCUGUUUCCUCGGAGGUCCGGACGGAGAAGACCGAGUGCGGCCGGUACGGAGAGCACUCGCCCAAGAGACAAGCCAGAGGUCGGGUUCUGAUCCCCGGCCUCCCGCAGGACAGACAGGGCUGCGACCCGAACGUCCGCUUUCCCCCGGUCCCCCAGAACACGGCCUGGGUGGCGCUGGUGGCUGAGGGAAACUGCACAUUCAGGGAGAAAAUCCGCAACGCCGCAAACAGCAACGCGUCUGCGGUUGUUAUAUACAACAGUGCCAACGACACCAUCACGAUGCCCCACUCAGAUACAGGCGACAUCGUGGCUAUCAUGAUCCCUGAACCUAAAGGUCGGGAGAUUGUGAAUUUGCUGGAGCAGCGCUUUGUGGUGGUGAUUCACAUCAGUGUGGGAACGCGCAACCUGCAGAAAUAUGUGAGCAGAACGUCUGUGGUGUUUGUCUCCAUCUCCUUCAUCGUCCUCAUGAUCAUCUCACUCGCCUGGCUCGUGUUCUACUACAUCCAGAGGUUCCGCUACGCUAACGCACGAGACCGCAACCAGAGGCGUUUGGGAGAUGCUGCUAAAAAGGCCAUCAGUAAGCUUCAAGUGCGCACUUUAAAGAAAGGAGACAAGGAAACUGAACCAGACUUUGACAACUGUGCAGUUUGCAUUGAAUGCUACAAACCUAAUGACGUUGUGAGGAUAUUACCCUGCAGACAUGUCUUCCAUAAACACUGUGUAGAUCCAUGGCUGCAAGACCACAGAACGUGUCCGAUGUGCAAAAUAAACAUCCUGAAAGCUCUGGGAAUUCCUUUCAGUGCUGACUGCACCAGUGAGACUCCCCCAGAUUACGAGACAAGUGUUGGGGGUCCUCUGACCAACCCCAUCAGCGCUGCGAGUGAAAUCACAGUCAACGAGAGUUCAGUGGUGCUGGAUCCUGCAGGAAGGGUGAUGGAUCUGCAUCAACUCCAUCAUUACCAAGAAAUGACGUCGCAGGCAGGACAGAGCCACAUUAUUGCAAGCUGUGAGAACCAGCCCCCGAUGAGCAGCGAUUCAGACACGUCUGCUAUCCUGAGUGUUGAUGCCAGCGUGUCGGAAGCAGACUUUCCUUUGGAGCAGGAGGGCGAUGACGUGAAGUCCAGGGACAAUACAUGUUGAGGAGACAUUCUGCAGAAAAGAUACACAAAAGCAACACAAGGGAUUGAAAGAUUAUUCACGUCUGGUCGUGAAGAAGAUCCAAAAACACUCGGUUCUGUUUCACUGACUAUAAACAGAUUUGUCAUGUUGCUUGUUGUGCUUCAUGGAGACCAGACCAUGACGAACAUCUCUCACAUUGUCAAACCUCAGAGCGGUUUCACGUACUUCAAAGACAAACUGCGACGAUGAUGGUGGAGACUGGACACAACAUGGCCUCCCUAAUGCAUGUGUGCAGCUUCAGUCAGCAUGACAUCGAGGAUCACUGCCAAAAACGUACAGUGCACACUUAGCACUGUGCAAAAGUGUUGAGUCGUCCCUCAUUAUUUCCUUCCAGAUCUAUGUGAUCUGGAUCAUCAGUUUUCCAGAGUUUCUGACGUCUCUUUCGUCUCUUUGCUUAAAUUUUUUCUAUUCCUUGAUGACAUGCCUUUCACAUACUGUUCAUGUGCUGUGGAUGUGUUUUUAGGCCUGUUAAUCAUUCCUUUAUUUGCCCCUUUCCCCUCAUUUCUGAGCACAUGAAAUAUUUAGUAAGACCUUUAGAAACUCUGGAGAAAAACUGAUCUGAACCACAUUUAAAGGUUGCAAGAACUGGAAAGAACGAAAUCAGCAGUGACUGAAGACUUUUGCACAGUUCUGUAGCUCAUAUACCAGCAGUUUUCAGUUCAAAACAGCUGCUAUUAAUUCCCUCACCAAAUUUGCUAGUUUUUGCUGAAAACUUGACAAUUUUUUUAAAAGGUUCCAAACAAGAAGUUAGAAAAUUCAAGCACACGUUCUUCUGAUUUUAUAAAAGUAAAGGUUUUUCUUUUUUUUUUAACUUUCUGUAAAUGCCUGUUAUGGAAAUAAGCAAGCACAACUAGAUCUCUGUGUCAGCCUUUAGAUUUUUGAAGUGAUAUUCUGGUUGCCCUUCUGAAACUGCUGCUCAUUAUUCCAUAACCAGAAGUUAAUAAUCCCACAGUGUCGUGACAGUUCAACAUCACUGUUUAAUUGCUGUCACGUUUUUGCGAUGUUUACGUUUUUGAAUGAAAGCACAGUUAGAGCUCAAAAUGUCCCUGUCACACUUGUUUCCAGCACUUCAACAACAAAAAAAGUGAACUACAAUAAUCAUCAAAAUAUCUUCAGAGUCAUUGUAGACGGCGAUGCUGUGGGCAGGAAGUUCUCUGGCAGCUGUCAGUCUUGCAACUAAUCCGAAACGGCCUCUGACUGAAGACUGUUGCUGUAUGACAGUCUUAUGACUGACAAGAUCCGCUAAUAACUCAAUAUCUGGACAGCUGAGUUGAUUCUCCACGGAAAAGUUCUGGAUGACAUCAUCCGUUGUGAAGUACUGCUAAUCCACCUCACUUGCUUUUACUCUUUAAAUCUGAAAUUUCUGGUUGUUAGAAAGGACUGGUACUAAAUCUUUCACGGUAGUAAAAACUUUUUACAUUUUACCUUUGAGGAUGAAGCAACACAAAAGCACUCUGUUGCUUUUACCCACUAGAGACUCAAAUUCCUCUCAGAAACUGAAAGAGACCAAAAACAUAUCUGAACGAGUGUAUUUUAGGUUUUAUUUGUUUCAGCAGAUCAAAAUUGUGUGACAAUAGAAUUAUGCCAGAUUCAAUUUUAUAAUUAUUUACUUUACAAUAUGAAAAACUACAUUCAAGUUAGAUUUUAGUUAGACAUAUUUUGUUUAGUUUAAUGUUUUGGUUCUCCAAGCAGGCAGUUUUCCAGGUAUCCUUCAUGAAGUUUGAUCAGUUCUUGUUUCUAGCGACUCAGACUUUUCUCUUUGUUUCUGCAGAGUCCUGCAGGCUCUGUUGUAACAGCUGUUUGGGUCGAUUGGUUCAUGUUAUUGCACAUUCCCGUUUCAGAAACCUUUGCCUCCAUUGAAAAAGCCUUUGUUGUUUGCUUUUGGCUUUUUAUCAGCUGACGAUUCGGGAAUCGAAACGUUCUGCUUGGAAAACUUUUCCAACUUACUGCCUAAGAAACUGGAGAUCGUUCUUUUAUUGGUACACCAGCACAUGUACAUGUAGCAGAGAGUUUCAGGAUCAAAAGAGAUCAUAAAUGUCUGAGUAUCAGCUAAACUAAAUCUUUUUGUUUCAAAAACCAGCCAAAUAUGCCAAGUUUCUCACUAAAAUCAUUUUCCUUAUCCUUUAAGAGAACAAUGUACCAGCUAUCCUUGUGAUUGAAUCAAUGCUUAUGUGUUGUUGUUUUUUAAAGAAACACUUUCAUGAGCUAAGUUUGGGUGAAAAUAAUUUAUUUUAUUAGAUUUUCUCAAAUUGCAAACAUGAAACAAAUGCCCAGAAGAGUGAUGGUGCGUCAUCUGUAAGAGAAAGAACUUUACGUAUCAGUUUAUUUGGUAUAAACCGUUUAACCUGUUGCUACCACCCUCCACAUUUAUUCCCAUUCUUGGUAAAGAUAGAAAAUCUUUCACUGAAGUAGCAUAAUUUCAGGAAAAAAUGUGGUUUGUGCAGUUCCAGUUAAAUUAAUCUUUUCCAUUACUGCCUAGGCUGUGAGUGUAGACAAGCCUCUGCAGGCCAUUUCCAGACGGACUUACGUCAUUUAAACGGAAUGUUCUCAUCAAUUUUUAACAUUGGUUAAGAGAAAUGGGUCUCUGUGUAACACAUUUAUUUCCCAUGGGAAAAAAACAUAAACAAAAACAUUAUUCAGUUGUGUGUAUUUCAGAGGAAAUGUUCAGGGUAAAAGUAAUUUGUGACAUUGUUACAACAACCAAUAAUGAAUGAGAAUUUUUUUUUCCUCACUAAAUAAAUUAUAUUAAAUUAAGGGUUGGAAACUUCUGAAAGUGGAGUAAAGUUACUGCAAGUAGAUGUUAAUUUAGCUUAAACCUUUCUUCUACUGAGGGAGGGUAAAGUGUGACUAAUGCUGAGUAGUGAUAAUAAAAACUCAAAAUACAAAGGUCAAACUCUAUAGAAACGUUUCAGGUCAGGGGUCAGCACCCUUUAAAAUUCAACAAGUCAUUUCUGCACUUUUUCCUCCUUCAUACAAUUUAUUCUGAGCUGCGAAACUUUCAAAAAUGAUAAGCCAGUUUCUGUAAUUGUUUUGAGUUUUUGAAUGAAAGUAAGAUUCUUUUUUCUAUUUCAUAUUUUUAUAGAAGUUUUAAAAAAGGAUUUUGUAAGCAUAGGGAUAAUAAAAUCUUAUUAUUACUGCAGUUUGGUUCUUAAAGGGGCGGUAUUAUGUGAAAUCAACUUUUAAAUCAUUAUGUUAUUUCCUCAUCAAAAACAAACCUGGAGUGCUGACCUUGAUUUUUUCAUGCAUGUUUGAGAAAUCUUAUAAUCUCCAUGGCAACAAUUUGGUCAGUGGACUUAGCUCUUCCUCCUAGAGGCAAACUUCCAAGCUUUAACCUCGCAGAGCAGCCCUCCCCCACUCAGCUCCUUCAGACUAGCCAGCAGCUAUUAGCAACACCUGAGCAUUUGCUGAGCCAAUUUUACAAGCUAUUUCUCAGAGCAACGCUGGUAAUUAUGUUGCUAAAGAGUUAAUAGAGGAGCCAUGUUGUGAUGACUUUCUGAAGGCA